CUCCUUCAGGAGGAGUUCCAGUGCGUCCUUUCUCCUUCAGGAGGAGUUCCAGUGCGUCCUUUCUCCUUCAGGAGGAGUUCCAGUGCGUCCUUUCUCCUUCAGGAGGAGUUCCAGUGCGUCCUUUCUCCUUCAGGAGGAGUUCCAGUGCGUCCUUUCUCCUUCAGGAGGAGUUCCAGUGUGUCCUGUCUCCUUCAGGAGGAGUUCCAGUGUGUCCUGUCUCCUUCAGGAGGAGUUCCAGUGUCCAUCACUAAGUUACAACUCUUCUCUCCAGGCACGUGGUAUCCGUGACGCCCUUCCCGUCGAAGGACGGCCACCCUGAACUUCAGCACGUGGGGUGGGUGCCCGGGGCGGCGGCGUCUCUCGUCAUGGUCCACGAGAACGACAUCUACGUGAAGGAGUCGCCGACGUCGCCGGUGGUAUCCCGUCUCACGACCACCGGGGAGCCCCAUGUGGUCUUCAACGGCGUUACUGACUAUUUGUACAGAGAGUACGUGCUGCACUCCGUGUCGGCGGUCUGGGCCAGCGACGACGGUUCGAGACUCUGCUACGCCACGUUCAACGACACUGGCGUGAAGGAAGCCAAGAUUCCCCUCUACACCGACAAGUACGCCACCAUAAGCCAGAUCAGAUACCCCAAGGUGGACACGCCCAACCCGACGGCGACGCUGUGGGUGGUGGAUCUGGACCAGUCGAAGACGCCCUCCUCGCGAGACGUGAAGCCUCCUACCAGAGUCAGAGACCAGGACCACUACUUCACGGGCGUGGCGUGGGUGGACCCGGACACCGUGGGCGUUGUGUGGAGGAACCGCGCCCAGAACAUCAGCGUCGUCACCGCCUGCAGCGCCCCCAUGUGGUUCUGCGAGGAGCUGUUUGUGGAGGAGAGCGGACCUCGGCGGUGGGUGACGGUGGAGAACGUGCCGCUCUUCUCCAAGAACGGGACGGCUUUCGUGGGCGUGGCGCCACUGGUCGACAGCACUUCGGGCACCUAUCCCCACAUCCACCAGGGCAGCACCGAUGUCCGCCACACUAUCCCCGUCACCUUCGGCCCCUACAGCGUGUUCUCCAUCGUCGGCUGGGAUACGGAAAACCACCACGUGUACUACGUGGCCAACACGGAGACAGAGACGGGGGAGCGACACCUGUGGCGGGUGACAGAUGUGCAGGCACCCACCCCUCGCCUGCAGGAGUGCCUCACCUGUCACCUCAACUACUCCAGCCCCCCCUGCAGGCACUUCACCCCUCACAUGGGUCCUCAUAACUACAACGAGGUGGUGCUUGAGUGCGAGGGCCCCGGCGUUCCCCACACCGUCCUCUACUCCAUCCUGGAGGAGGAGGUGCUCCUCUACAUCGACAACAGCACCCGCCUGCAGAAGCUGUCCUCGCAGAUGGCGUGGCCCCAGCGCAAGGAUUACAGGGUCAAGCUGGAGGGAGGUUUCGUGGCCCAGGUCCGUCUGAGCAUCCCGCCGGAGUUCACGGAGGAGGAGGCGUUCAUCUACCCUGUGGUGGUGAGGGUCGGGGGCGUCCCAGGCCAGCAAAGAGUCCACCAUCGAUGGAACGUCGACUGGGGCACCUACCUUGCCUCUAACAAGUCGUGGGUGGCGAUGGAUGUCGACGUACGAGGAGCUGGGGGCCAGGAGCUGGGUCUCAUGUACAAGCCAGCGUGGAAUCUGGGGGCAGUGGAGGUGGACGAUCACUUGGCUGUUGUAAGGUCACUGCUGGAGAAGCUGGAGUUCCUGGACGUGUCACGGGUAGCGGCCUACGGCUGGGGACACGGAGGCUACAACGCCGCCAGGCUCCUUGCGCACGAUACUGACCGUCUCUUGGCCUGCAUCGCGGCCCUCAACCCCGUCACCGACUGGUCCCUCUACUCCUCUUACUACACCGAGAAAUACAUGGGGACUUCGAGAGUAGUGCCUGGGGGCAACUAUAGAGGCUACGAGGAGAGUUCGCUCCUGCUACGGGCCUCUAGCUUCAAGAACCGCACCCUCCUGCUGGUGCACGGGUCGGCCGACUCCGACGUUCACUACGACCACACGCUCAAGCUCUCCAGGGCCCUCACCAAGAAGGGCAUCAUCUUCAGGCAGCAGACCUACACGGACGAGGGCCAUGACUUAGAGCGAGUGCAACUGCACCUCUACAGGACUCUGGAGGCCUACUUGGAGAGGUGCUUCCCCCCCUACAACGAGGAGGAAAUGAGCUUACUCUUUGGCCAAGAUGCUCUCCCAUAGUCGCAACAAUACCGCAGCAGCAUCAGCAGCAGAAGCAGCCGGAGGAGCAACGGCAGUAGCACGGGGAGACGCCUGCAUGAGCCAGGCCCCAACGCCUGGCAGAUUGCACUCGUGUGGUACCGUCGACUGGCCCUUCAGAUUAUAGGUACUUCGUGCAAAAUGCCGUCGUGCUAGCGACCCACUCUGAGGGUUCUCUUGACAGUCGUCCUACGUACGGGGAUGCCCCUCAGAGAUGCUGAGGAUGUUUUGUCUGCGCCACAAGAUCUUUCCGGAGAGAGAUGAAUGAGAUGCCCCUUUUUUAUCAGCUGGGUAUAUGCAAUGUGUUUAUAGAAAUCUCACUCUAGGUUCUCCUUCACAUGAGGGAUUGAUGGAUUAAUUAGAUGUGCUGAUAGCCGAGGUAGGAUUCACAAUGUUGACAAUCUCUUAUGUUAGAGAUCCUCCCCGCUAGAUAACCCGAUAACAACGACUCGUAGCAGGACGCCAAAGCUGAUAGCCAGAUAUCCCAGACCAGGCUACUCCUUGAAGCACGUAAUCUGGCCGGUGGGGGGUCGAUAGCUAGACAUCCCUGGCCGACUUGACUCCUCCAGACCCCCAAUUCUGACCGAAAGGCGUCGUUUUGGCUAUCCUGAGGUCAGACAUUUUUGUUCAAGGGUUCCUGGUGUUGUAGGAGGACGUGUACAAGGUUGCUUUGAAAAAGAGGUCGUGCACGUGUCUGAUGGUUCAAACUUAAGGUGAACUGGACUGACGAAGGCAAACUGGGCUCCCUCUAGCUGGCUCCUGAUGGUGCAACGCGAUAGACUUUAAAUCGAAUACCUCAAAGACACUCAGCCUUCGUAAAGGUCCAACCCCCAGAGGGGUAUAUUAUUUUUACCGAUCACUGAAUAUGUCUCUAUACAGUCCUUGCAUUUUAUUCAUCUAAGCUUGCGCAAAAGAUAAGCAUUAAAAUGACCUGAAUUGCAUACAUAUUACCUGUAAUUAACUCAGCGGUAUUUUCCCCCACUUUCUAAGGGGCUUUGAAACUCUAUUUACAAACCAGUCAUCAGACAGUUUUCGUACUUUAAGCAGUCACAUCGCACUUCCUCACAAUUUAAGAUAACACAAAUUGUUCCUGAUUGGUUGAUAAAUUAAUCCGGGAUUUGUAAUGUAAACAAAGGCAUCCGAACACACACACACACACACACACAUAUCACACAUACAAGAACAUAUGUCCGCUAAAUUUACAACCAAUGAUAGAUAUUUUCAAAUUGCCAUGAAAAGCAACUCUUUUUUUUUUUUUUUCUCUCAUCCGAUUUUCGAGGAUGUACCCGAUAUUCGUAGAUGCUCCCGGCAUACGAGGAUGUGCCCGAUAUUUGAGAAUAUGCCCGAUCUUCGUGGAUGUGCCCGAUAUUCGAGGAUGUUCCCGAUAUUCGAGGAUGUUCCCGAUAUUCGUGGAUGUGCCCGAUAUUCGUGGAUGUGCCCGAUAUUCGUGGAUGUGCCCGAUAUUCGUGGAUGUGCCCGAUAUUCAUGGAUAUGCCCAAUAUUCGCUGGCGCAAGGGCAAGUGGCUCAUCGAGGAGAGACAGGGGAAGAAGAUAUAAGCCAAUCUCGUCGACACUGAUUUGUGACUAGUUUCCAUGACUAAGUGUCAUGACCCUUCCAUGACCAUUUACCAUGAUAUCCAAGUCUGACCAUCAACCAUGCGUUUCUACCAUGGCAAAAUGAUGGUAUAUCAAUAUGACAUUAACAAAAAAAUAUCCAAUGGCCAUCUAUAAAGGGCCUGACUUAACAUUCUUUCAUGAUCACCUCCCCCCUACCCCUUUUCCACCACCCCCCCCCUGCUAUUAAAUGGGACCACUCCCCAUUACCGUUUAUAUGGGAUUAAAUAGAAGUCUAUUUAAACCUGUGUGUUAACUUUUUUGCUCUAGAUACUCGCAUCCUUCAUUCUAGUUAAUGUUUUUGUUAAAGUUUCAGUCCACAGUUCAGUUCUGUAAUAAUUAUGUAAUUUAAGAAAGACUCGCUGUAAUAUCCUUGUCUCCGUAGCGAACCGCCGCUUUGCAUCGACUUCAGUUUAACUUCGCCUUGACUUCAUCCUAACUUAGGCCCUGAUCUCACCCUAACUUUUUAAUUUGACCUCACCCUAUCUUAGCCUUAACCUCACCCCUAUCUUAGCCUUAAUCUCACCUUGACCCCACCUCUUACUUUGCCCCUGAUCUCAUCCUAACUCCACCUUGAACUUUGCCCCUGAUCUCAUCCUAACUCCACCUUGAACUUUGCCCCUGAUCUCAUCCUAACUCCACCUUGAACUUUGCCCCUGAUCUCAUCCUAACUCCACCUUGAACUUUGCCCCUGAUCUCAUCCUAACUCCACCUUGAACUUUGCCCCUGAUCUCAUCCUAACUCCACCUCUAACUUUGCCCCUGAUCUCAUCCUAACUCCAUCUUGAACUCACCCUGUGAUUUAUGGACUUAUUUGCUAAUUCCAUUAUUAGUAAUGGUAAUGUCUUCUGUCACAAGACAUGAUAACACAGGAUCAGAACCCCACACACUUGUGAAUGUAAACAUUAGACGUUGUAUUAGACUUUGAGAUGCAAGUCUCGUGUCCUUAUCACACACUCAGACCUGGAUUAAGCACUCAGAAGCGUGCGAAAGACUUGGUGUAAAUCCCUCACAUAAAUUUCACAAAAUACCCAAAGUGUGGGUUUUGAUCCUAAAUUACAUUAUUGUUGUAGAUCAAUACAAAUAUUAUUAUUACACAGAGAAAUCACAUUAACGUGAUAUAUCGUUGAACACAUCCACAGGAGAAUUGAUCAGGGUUCGAACCUUUGCACUGGAUGUUCGCAGGCGAAACCAUGUGUGUGUCUUUACCGUGUCGAGGUACAGUUGGCUAGAGUGAGCGUCUGGGAACGCCCCGAGCGUAGGUUCGAAUCCUCAGCACGGCUCCUGUGGAUUUGUUCAAUACUGUAUUAUUAUUAUCAUCAUUAUUUGAUUUUAUUGUUAUUAAAUAUUUAUUUAUGUUUCAAAAAUGUAAAUUAAUUUCUACAGUUGCAAGCUAGAAGGGCACGGUUAUUAUUAGUCGUGUUUCAAUGGUAUGUUAUCUAUGCCCGCAAGUUAAUGUUAGGUUAGUUAUGCAGUACAGACUUUUAACUAGAGUUAUGUCUAUUGUUACAAUAUCCAUUACUGGUAUUAUCACUUGUAUUGGCACUUUGGGAGUAUCAAUAUUAUCGCUGUUAUAAUUUGUGAUUAUAAAAAUAGUCAGCAUAAUUAUAAUUUAGCUUAUAUUAAGCCAAUAUAUCUCAUAAGUAUUUAAAUAGUUAUAUUUUUGAAUUACUAUAUUUCUAUAUGUUUAGGUGACUGUAAAUGCCUCUUCACUUAGUAUGGUUAUUGCAUAAUUUGGUAAUGAAAUUUGUGUGUGUGUGUAUGUAUAUAUAUAUAUA